AUGACUAACAAUGAACAAACAUUUUGGGUGGUGUAUGAGAAAUUUAAGCCUCACCUUUUUAUGGUUCUUGUUCAGGUGGCUCUUGUGCUUCAAUAUUUCCUAGUAGAGGCUUCAUUUAAUAAUGGAAUGGACCCUCAUGUCUUUGUUACUUAUCGUCAUGCUAUUGGGGGCAUAGUAGUGCUUCCUUUUGCUUAUUUUCUUGAAAGGCUAGAGGCUAUUGAUGUUAAGAGCCCUCGCGGGCUGGCGAAAAUCGUUGGAACUGUAUUAUCUUUGACUGGUGCUUUGAUAAUGAUUUUGUAUAAAGGACAUACAAUACAAAGCUUAAAGGGUGCCCCAUUCCAUCUUGGAGGCAAAAUGGCUCAUAAUAACUGGAUUAAAGGAACAAUUUUGACUGUUGUGAGCUGCAUAUCAUGGUCAUUAUGGUACAUACUGCAGGCAAUCAUUGUGAAGAAAUAUCCUGCAAAACUGUCGCUAACAGCAUGGAUAAAUUGCAUUGGUGCAGCACAAUCGGCUGUCUUUACAGUACUCGUGCAACGCAAACCUAGAGCAUGGUUCUUAACAUCAAGUGUUGAACUCUGCUGCAUUUUAUACGCGGGAGUUAUAUGUGGUGGUUUGCUUAUCUACAUUCAAAUCUGGACCAUGGCACAAAAAGGGCCAGUAUUUGUGAGUAUGUUUAAUCCCCUUGGAACAAUUUUGGUGUCUAUGCUAGCAUAUUUUGUUUUGGGAGAACAACUUCACAUUGGCAGUAUACUGGGAGUGCUGAUUGUUAUCAUGGGUCUUUACCUGCUAGUGUGGGGAAAAGAAGCGGAUAGAGAUUACAAGUCACAAGAGUCCUUUCCAGCACAUGUUGAGGAGAAAGAUUGCAAGACACAGAUACAGACUUCAGUAACAGAGGAAGCAUAA